AUCAACAGUUCUUUCUCUUCUGCCCAUCCCGUCUCGUUUGUUUCACUCUUUUUUUCUUCUUCUCUCUUCAUGGCUGCUUCGGUAGACCCUCUGGUUGUUGGUCGCGUGAUUGGCGAUGUGGUUGACAUGUUCGUCCCUACCAUCAACAUGUCUGUAUACUACGGAGCUAAGCAUGUCACUAAUGGCUGUGAUGUUAAGCCAUCCCUAACUGUGAAUCCUCCCAAAGUGACCCUUUCAGGCCAUCCCGAUGAAUUUUACACCCUGGUGAUGACCGACCCUGAUGCACCCAGCCCCAGUGAGCCCUCCAUGAGGGAGUGGGUACACUGGAUAGUUGCAGAUAUUCCGGGAGGAACCAAUGCCACCCGCGGGAAAGAGGCUCUCCCUUAUGUAGGGCCACGCCCACCAGUGGGCAUUCACCGCUACAUACUGGUGCUGUUUCAGCAGAAGGCUCCUUUAGGCUUGGUGGAGCAGCCUGGGUCAAGGGCCCACUUCAGCACCCGUGCCUUUGCCAACCAGCUGGAUCUGGGGCUGCCUGUGGCUACCGUCUACUUCAACGCCCAGAAGGAGCCAGCAAACAGGAGGCGCUGAAGGGGUGUGGGGGGGAGGGGCGAGGAGUGAGCAGAGUGAGGGGUGAAGGGUGAGUGCAGUAAAAGUAGUGAGAAAUAAGGAGAGGCUCUUAUAGCGUAGCCUCCUGGUGUUGGGAGUCGUGGCUGUAGUUGUUGGGGUGUUAUGACUAGUCUAUGUCCAUCUAUCCUUUCUUGAACUUAAUUUUGUUUCCACCUAUGUUAUCCUUCUAAUACGAAGAAUGGAUGCCCACCUUUUGACUAA